AUGUCAACCUCUCCGGUUAAAAAGUUUAGGGGUAGCAUGUUCCACAAGUUGAAACCAUUUAAGGGGAGUAACUCAAUCCCAUUUUUUGAUAUUGGAUCGUCUGGUACUCAAGAACUUCCAACGUUACAUGCUUGGACCAAGGAUCAUCCUGCCAACCAAGUUAUUGGAAACCCUAAUGUUGGUGUUCAAACUCCAUCUGCUGCAAGUGUUCAAAACGAAUGUCAUUUCUCAUCAUUUAUAUCCAUGGUUAAACCCAAAUCCCUUAAGGCAGCAUUAGAGAAUGUUAACUGGAUUACAACCAUGCAAGAAGAAUUAGCAGAAUUCGAUAAAAAUGAAGUAUGGACUCCCGUGCCUCCUCCUUUAGAUUACCCUAUUGUUGAUUCAUCAAUGGUUGCUGACUUUGCAAAACUAAUGGUAAAUCGAUUCCAAAAGAGCAUGAAUCGGGAGUUAAGCUUCUUUCUUGGUCUCCAAGUCAAACAGACUAACAGAAGGAUUUGCAUUCACCAAGAGAAGUACAUUUUGGAACUAAUCAAAAAGUACUUAAUGGACACCUAUGCCUCAGCGAAGCAAGUCGUCAGACUUUAUGUUUGCAACAAGUUUGUGUGCCAGAUUUCAAGUCAACCCAAAGAUGUCUCAUCUCUUGGCUGUGAAACAAAUAUUCCGAUACCUCAAAGUGGUCUUCAACUUGAGAGAAAAAGCACAUCAGGUGGCUGUCAAUUUUUAAGUGGUCGUUUCGUCAGUUGGUCAUACAAGAAAAAGAAAUGCAUUGCAGUCUCUAAAACCGAAGCAGAAUACAUUGUUGUUGCCAGCUAUACCUCUCAAGUUAUGUGGAUGAAGUCUCAAAUCUUUGAUUAUGGUUAUCAUUUUCAACACAUUCUUAUUUAUUGUGAUUCUCAAAGUGCCAUUUCCAUUUCACACAAUCCAAUUAAACACUCCAUGACGAAGCACAUUGACAUACAUUACCAUUUCAUAAAAGACCAUGUUUUAAAUGGCAACAUUGAACUCAUUUUUGUUCCAUCUGACGAUGAGAUUGUUGAUGUCUUCACUAAAGAAUUAGACGAAACCAAGUUCAAUGGUUUUUUGAACAAGAUGGGCAUGAUGAGGCUAGAUCCUCAGUUCUUUCUAGAGACUUGA